AUGGCUACCUUCCAGAUUCCACCUCCGAGAAAUGACGACUAUCAAGCCAUCUCUCGAUUGAUGAAGACUACCUCCGAGCAGGAAAACAGAUCACGACAAUAUCAAGGGCUAUUGGAGUCCAGAAUUCGUGAGGAGCAGGCUACAAACCGACAGAUUUCAGAUCGCUGCACCUGGUUGGAGUCCAUUAUCCGGAAAACCAACGAAUACUGCACCGAGAUCUCGUGA